AUGAAGUGGUGGGUGCUUCAUUUUCUUGCUCUUCGUCUUCUCUUCCAAUCUGGACUCUCCCAAACAGUGGUCAAGUCUCUUCCCGGAUUGCUCGGUGACCUCCCUUUCUAUCUCGAAACUGGAUACAUUGGAGUGGGGGAGUUGGAAGAUGUUCAGCUGUUUUAUUACUUCGUCAAGUCAGAGAGGAGUCCGAAAGAUGACCCUUUGGUGCUGUGGCUCACAGGCGGCCCCGGUUGCUCCGCUCUCUCCGCAAUAUUGUAUGAGAUCGGUCCGUUCACGUUCAAUUACGAGAACUCUACCAGAGACAGACCAACUCUACAAUUGCAUGAAUAUUCAUGGACAAAGGUGGCGAAUAUUAUAUUCCUAGAUCAGCCUGUUGGAACUGGAUUCUCCUACGCAAAUAGCUGGGAAAGCUACAAUAUGAACGACAACGUUUCGGCCGCUGCAACGUAUGAAUUUCUUUGGAAGUGGCUUAAGCUCCAUCCUGAGUUUCUGAGCAACCCACUCUACAUUGCUGGGGAUUCUUACUCGGGUAUCACUGUUCCAAUGGUCACUCUGCAAGUUGCUAAGGGAAACGAUGUCGGUUUGAAGCCUAAGAUGAAUCUUGAGGGUUACUUGCUUGGAAACCCUGCAACAAAUAUAAGUAGUGACAUGAAUUCAAUAGUCCCGUUCGCGCAUUUGAAGGCUCUUAUAUCUGAUGAGCUAUACGAGUCAGCUAAAACUAAUUGUAAUGGCGAUUACGUCGACGUUAACUUAAGCAAUGCUGCUUGUGUCAAUGACCUUGAAGGGGUGGCCAAGUGCCUGGAAAAUAUAUGUGAAGCAAACAUUCUUGAACCGAACUGCCUGCCUCAGACUCCGAAAUCAACGGUGGGUGGUACGUGGGACUCCGGCUUGAUAAAUCAAGACCGUUCACUUCUCCUUCUUCCCACGCCAGAAGCUCCUCGGGUUUGGUGCCGAAAUUAUAACUAUAUGUACUCCUAUAUUUGGGCUAGCGACAGAGCGGUUCACGAUGCUCUUCAUGUCCGAGAGGGGACAAUUGAGAAGUGGGUGAGGUGCAAUGAGACUUUAUCUUACAUAUACACUGUCUCGGAUGUCAUUGACAUACACAAAGAGCUCAUAAAAAUGGGAUUUCGGGUGCUCAUAUAUAGCGGUGAUCAUGACAUGGUCGUUCCGUACGUGGGAACGCUGGCUUGGAUCGAAACAUUGAAUCUGACAAUUUCUCAAGAUUGGGAAGCGUGGUUCGUCGAUGGACAAGUUGCCGGGUAUACUACGCUAUAUUCUUACUUCCCAUCCCUUUUAACAUAUGCAACCGUCAAGGGAGGGGGACACACAGCUCCGGAAUACAAGCCCAAAGAAUGUUUUGAACUGAUUAAUAGGUGGUUCGAUUACUAUUACAUUUAAUUUGCAAUUGUAGCUCCCUUUUAAUUCGCAGUUACAUAUAAUAAACAUC